AUGGAGGAAGCUGCAGCCAUGAAGAAGGAAGAAGAAAAAAACAAGGAAGCCAUGGAUGAAAGAAUGGAGGAAAGGACAUCUUUGUCAUUGUACGAGAAUGAUUCUCGAUCGUAUUCACACUUGAAAUCCACUCAUAUCAUUUACUUCAAUUUUGUAGAUCUAGCACUUGAUCUACUACAAAUGUACUGCGAAGAUCUACUCUUGACGGAGGAUGACAAUCAAAUUACAGCCGUGAUUGCAAUAUCAAUGAUGCCUUCUGGAUUUCGAAGUUCAUUCAUCACCCAAGACAGACAUGGGUUUGGGGUCUUGGCUUUUGAAAUCCAAAAUACCAUAUACAAAUACUGGCAGGCAAUUCCAGGUUUGACGGCCGUAUACAAUAUGAAGAUGAAGUAUGAUAGUGCUCGUAGGCUACUGAAAAAUAUAAGGAUGUUAUAUUCAUUAUAUGAAAAUCUUGAACAAGUGAAGGAUGCUCUAAUUAGAGUAAUGUUCAAUGCAACUGAGUUUGGAAUUGUUGAAUUCAUAGAGGAGAUUAUCCAUCAUUUUCCUCAGCUUCUACGUGGAACUUACCUUCGUCCAACCGAAGCAGCUCAAAUGGAAUCUCAUGAUCAGGUACUUCAAUAUGAAGUCGAAGCCACACUUGCUCAAAAGGGGGAGUCUCAAGGGGAUCAUGAUCAUCACCUUCAAUAUGAAGGCAAAGCCACACUUACUGGAAAGGUCAAGAAGCAGCAACAGGAAUCCAUAACAUCUCGUGAUGAUCAGUUGCGACUUCAACAUGAACAUGGAGGCCAAACCAUAUUUCAUUAUGCAAUCUGCCAACGCCAAGAACAAAUUUUUGGCCUCCUUCGUGACCUAGGUCCAUUGAAGGAAUUUCUUGUGGGGUUGGCAGAUGAUUCUCAAAACUACAUGUCACAUCUAGCUGCCAAAAAGCCACAUGAUUCAAGUUUGAAUCAAAUGCCACGUGUCGCUCUCCAAGUCCAGCAUGAGAUACAAUGGUAUAAGGAAGUGGAAAGCAUUAUGCAACCUGCUACCAGAACCAUGAAAAACAAAGAGGGACAUACAUCAAGAAAGUUAUUCACAGUGGAACACAAAAAGCUAGUUAAAGAGGGUGCAAAGUGGAUGAAGGAAACAGCACAAUAG